UGAGGCAGCAUUAGAGAGCUGCUAGACCAGGGGAGCCAGCUAAGAGAUACAAGCCCCUUACUCUGGGCUCAGUGUGAUCCCAUUGGUUCCUGAGCUGCUGUUUUAAAGCAAAGAAGAGCUUGGGGGGUUGAACUGCACAGCCAGACGCAGACUCUCAGCCAAGUUGUCAGCGCGCUGGGAGGGAGAGAGGCUCACACACACAAGAUUGCAGGGUGUCCGCAGCUUGAUGAUCAUUUAUUUCCAAAGAGGAAGAAAGGAGAAGGGACAAGAACCAGAAAAGAGGAAGGAUCCUGAUCUAAUCCCAUAGCCUCAGGGGAGAAUAAUGGAUGUGACCAUAUCUCAGUUCAUCUUAGAAGAAUUUGAUGCCAACUGCAGCCUCCUGGAUCAUUUACAAGAGACUUUUAUAGAGAGUUCCUCUAUCCCUUUCCUGGGCUUUGAUGGUCCAUAUUGCAAUGCCACCACUGAUCAGAUCGGGACCUGCUGGCCCAGAACCUCUGCGGGGGAGCUAGUAGAGAGACCCUGCCCAGAGUUCUUCAAUGGGAUCAAAUACAACACCACGAGAAAUGCCUACAGAGAAUGCCUGGGCAAUGGGACAUGGGCUUCCAAGAUAAACUACUCUCAGUGCGAGCCUAUUCUGGAUGACAAGAGGAAGUAUGCGCUCCAUUACAAGAUUGCUCUCAUCAUAAACUACCUGGGGCACUGUAUAUCAGUAGGGGCCCUUAUAGUUGCCUUUAUGCUUUUCUUGUGCUUGAGGAGUAUCAGAUGCCUGCGGAAUAUUAUCCACUGGAACUUGAUCACCACAUUCAUCCUGAGGAAUGUGAUGUGGUUUCUGCUUCAAAUGAUUGAUCACAACAUACACGAAAGCAAUGAACCCUGGUGUCGGUGUAUUACCACUAUCUACAAUUAUUUUGUGGUGACCAACUUCUUCUGGAUGUUUGUGGAAGGCUGCUACUUACACACUGCCAUAGUAAUGACUUACUCCACAGAUAAGCUGCGGAAAUGGGUCUUUCUCUUCAUAGGAUGGUGUAUUCCUUGCCCAAUCAUCAUUGCCUGGGCCAUUGGCAAACUAUAUUAUGAAAAUGAACAAUGCUGGUUUGGAAAAGAACCGGGAAAGUAUAUUGACUAUAUAUAUCAAGGGCCAGUGAUUCUUGUUCUUCUGAUAAAUUUUGUAUUUCUAUUUAACAUAGUUAGGAUUUUAAUGACAAAACUGAGAGCUUCAACCACUUCAGAAACAAUACAGUACAGGAAGGCGGUCAAGGCAACAUUAGUUCUUCUGCCUCUGCUGGGCAUCACCUAUAUGCUUUUCUUCGUCAACCCUGGUGAAGAUGACAUUUCCCAGAUUGUCUUCAUUUAUUUCAAUUCUUUCCUGCAAUCUUUUCAGCUGUCCUGCAGUGGUGCAUACAUUCAGCUAUUAGACCAUACGAGCUGUCUGAGGACUUGUAUCCCAUCUCCUCCUUCCUUUGAAUUUAAUAGAAGUUUGGCCAGGAUGUAUAAGGAAGUGGAAGGUGAGUAAUUGCCCCAGCUUUCUGGACUUAGUACAAAUCCAGACUACAUUUAGCCCCAUACUUCUGUUUAGGUGUGUCCUGUGGCUUUACCUCUGCUAAAGACCUUCUUGAGCUGGAUAUAACUGUGUUUAACGUUAACUGUUACUUCUGCUAGAGGAGUAGGUGCUCUUGUAUUCAGGAUAUCAAUACAAAUACACAGUGCACACGCUCUCAAACCAAAUCUAUGGCUGUGGGUUCCAAAGGUUUUGAGCUCUAGAUUAUUAUUUUUACUGAUUGUGUGUUUAGCUUUGAAACCCAGAGCAUCACACUGGAAACAGAAGCACAAAAUCCAAGAAGAAAAAUAACCAUUUUAGUCUAUGAACAGUGGGACCUUACCGCUUACCAGUGAACAAAUCCACAUUUUUAAUUUCAUAAAAUAAUUUUUUUGUCUGCUGAUGCUUAAUAUCUCCAAAAAGGCCACUGUAUUUAUUUUUAUUGUUAGUGGUAUGAAGAUGUAUGUAAGAAAGUAAGCAUGGGGAAUAUCUGUUAUCAGAUCGUUACAAUCAUUGCUGAAAGCAAAAUGGAUGGGACUGCACUCACAGGUUCAAAAGUGAACGUAUUAUCGUGUCUUCAUCUGAGCUUCCAUUAUAGUCAUUACAGUCUUGGCAGUCAUGAAAGAAGUCUAGUCAUUGCCAUUAAUAGAUCCUGGAGUGCAGUUCAGCUCAGCUGAAUGUAAGCUACCUGAUUUGAUAUAUUUGCCCACGCACAACCAUCUAAGGCCAUUGAGACCCCCCUGUGGUAUCCGUGACAUCCGCAUAGAGCUCGUAGGCAUCACACAAGAAAAGUGAGAGGCCUGUGACAUUUUAGGGAAGCAGCUGGCAGCUGUAGACAUACUGUAGCACGGUUGCCCCUCUGAUCAGUGGAACUGCUGUCUAGACUCUGGCUCUCAUGUUUUAUCUGUGAGCUGCAACCCGCCUUGUAUUUUCUAAUGAAAGUGUAGGGUAGAGAUUUGAUAUGUCUGGAAGUGGAUGAUCUCAACAAGAGUAUGGUUAUGCUCAGGAUGAUUUCAGGAUAAAGCUCAAUCCCCAAUUCUGCAUGUUAAAAUACUUACCUAAUAACUGA